AUGUGGAGACGUUGCUUGGCCGUCUCCAGUAUCAGACCCUGGCCCGGGGUGGGUCUCUCCGGACCACAGGCAAUUCCUGUGCGACCACGAGGUGCCCUUCCAACAAUAGGCCUCACCGGUUCCUAUACAGCCCUCGGUCAAGCAGUGGAAAGGCUCGAGCAGAUCUCUUCCUCUGAAGCCCUCAGGGACGUAGUCGAAAGUAUUAAGAAGCUAUACGAACUCCUCAAACAACACUCCGGAGUCGGCUCAUGGAGCCGCCUUGCGACACCGGCAACACCUGAGGCUACUCCUCCAGCUGCCCCAAAAGAACCAAUCCUGGUGGACGACGAAAAAGACAAGCUGGAAGCCAUCGUCUCUCGUCUCAAAAAUAUAACAGCAAGCACAAGCUCCCCAAACACACCCAUCGUCACCGCUGUGCCUCGCUCGCCUCCGCAUCCCGCAGUUUUACCGGGCAAGAUAGACCGCAAUUGCGCCGAUGACGCACGGGGCAAGGGCGCAUCCGCCGCGCGUGGUAACACAUCCGCUAAAUACCAUUCUUCCCAGUCUGCCUUUUAUGCUCUUGCGCUGGUGGAGCAUAAUCACCGUCUGGCUGAAGGCUUCAUCCCUACACCACGUAACCUGACGCCGGAGCUUGAGAGGUGGCCGCCCAAUCUGUGGUGCAAGGUCGGCUCUCGCGCCGACAACCCCUCCCUUUCACUCUGUCCCGUCAACUACAAGCUGCCGCCUGUGGAGCGCCAUCGCUGCAACGAUGUUGGCACCUGGCUGAAGAACCUCGUGGAUCGAAAGAACGACGCCCCGUUUUUCACUGGCCCGUUCCCCGCCACCGCGCACUCAACAAUCCCCAACUACGAACCCAGCUCGGCGGGGCUUACCGAUGUUGACCGCCCCAACUUGAGUUCGGCUAGCGAUGGUGCCUGGGGCCCGGCAGACCUGGACGAAUGGCGUUCCGCCUACUACCCCAGCACUCGCCCCGACCCUUUCCCUACGCUCUCCCGGACUGAAAAGCCCUACCAGAUUAACGAUACGGAGCAGCCGGGCUGGGAGUCGUCGUUUUAUUUGAUGCCAUUCGGGUGGUCGAGUACCUCCAGGAUAUCUGGCGUUGCCUUAUCCUGCACGAGGCCUACUCUCUAUCUUCUACACCUCUUGAUGGCGGCGGUAAACGGUGACCUUUUCCAGAUCCGCCAGCACCCAUUCACUCAAAUGACGUUCUCAUACACGCGGAGAACGCAAUGGAGCGACUUCGCCAUGGCUGUUACCCUUGAAGCUUCUCUGGAGGCCCGCCAGCCCCAGAACCUUGUCUGCGGGGUGUCCAUCCUGUGGGGUGUUACAAUGGCCAAGCUAGCACCCGACUCUGGCAUCGGGCGCACCAGCAGGCAAGAUUCUCCAUCACGAUCGUCUCCGCUCUACGACCUUCUUCACGUUCUUGCUGCGGUCGCGUGGCGUUCAUCAUGUCUGUUUUUACCUCCGACUCGUACGCCAACCGCUACGUGCGUCUUUUCAACUUGCACCAGUGCGAGCAGGCUCGGAUUUCCCAGGUCAAUCUCGGCGACCGCACUCGUCGCCGCUUCAACCCGGCUGUUCCUCUUCCUGGCUUGGAGCAAUGCCUCGCCCUAGCAGGAGCCCUGCGCUUCCUGCACGGCCGUAUAGAGCACCGCGACAUGGUGCACCUGCACGCCCACAUAGACCUGAAGCCCAAUAACAUAUCAUCUCGGUGCACUCCAACCGCCCCGUCGGCGUAUGGAAGCUGGCCAACCUUGGCUGGACAGCCUGCUCGGAGCGGACGCUGCUCGUGGUGGCCAUGCGCCCGCCGCCGCCCCAGCGGCCGAGUGUUCCAGUCAAAAAAAAGCUACGGCGGCUGCUGUGGAAUUCCUUGGAGGCCGGCGUGCCGCCCACGGCGAACGUGAGAACCUCACCCAAAAUGGCGCCGAAGACCGGAUGUUGCUCAUACACCCCACGAGCACGCGCCCUUCGGCGUUGUGCCAUAAGAGCUUGAUUUUCGCCUGAUAGGUGCUGGACCCGCGCCUGGAUAUGCUAAAUUAGAAUCCGCGCGUAAGAGGCAAGGUCUCUCGGAUGGGAAGAAUGACGGCCCGCUUGGUUAGGCAUCCAGCUCCCCGGAGUCCAGAAGCUCACUGUCACGGACAACAAAGAGGAAUCCCAAAUGCUAAAAUACAGGGAAAAAACGAAGACGUUAAG